AAGAGUAGAGCGUAAUUAAAAUGUGCAGGAUGACAAGAUGGAGCAAACAGUGCUUGUACCACCAGGACCUGACAGCUUCAACUUCUUCACCAGAGAAUCUCUUGCAGCUAUUGAAAGGCGCAUUGCAGAAGAGAAGGCUAAGAAUCCCAAGCCAGACAAAAAGGAUGAUGAUGAAAAUGGCCCAAAGCCAAACAGUGACUUGGAAGCUGGGAAGAACCUUCCUUUUAUCUAUGGAGACAUUCCUCCAGAGAUGGUGUCAGAGCCCCUGGAGGACCUGGACCCCUACUAUAUCAAUAAGAAAACUUUUAUAGUAUUGAAUAAAGGGAAGGCCAUCUUCCGGUUCAGUGCCACUUCUGCCCUGUACAUUUUAACUCCCUUCAAUCCUCUUAGAAAAAUAGCUAUUAAGAUUUUGGUACACUCAUUAUUCAGCAUGUUAAUUAUGUGCACUAUUUUGACAAACUGUGUAUUUAUGACAAUGAGUAACCCUCCUGACUGGACAAAGAACGUAGAGUACACCUUCACAGGAAUAUAUACUUUUGAAUCACUAAUAAAAAUUAUUGCAAGGGGCUUCUGUUUAGAAGAUUUUACUUUCCUUCGCGACCCAUGGAACUGGUUGGACUUCACUGUCAUUACAUUUGCAUAUGUGACAGAGUUUGUGGACCUGGGCAAUGUCUCAGCAUUGAGAACAUUCAGAGUUCUUCGAGCGUUGAAAACUAUCUCAGUAAUUCCAGGCCUGAAGACCAUCGUGGGGGCCCUGAUCCAGUCAGUGAAGAAGCUGUCUGACGUCAUGAUCCUCACUGUGUUCUGUCUCAGCGUCUUUGCUCUAAUCGGGCUGCAGCUCUUCAUGGGCAACCUGAGGAAUAAAUGUGUACAGUGGCCCCCCACCAACGCUUCCCUUGAGGAGCAUACCAUAGAGAAGAAUGUAACUAGGGAUUACAACGGCACACUUGUAAAUGAAACCUUGUUUGAAUUUGACUGGAAAUCAUACAUUCAAGACACAAGAUAUCAUUAUUUCCUGGAGGGUGUUUUAGAUGCACUACUGUGUGGAAAUAGCUCUGAUGCAGGCCAAUGUCCUGAAGGAUAUAUGUGUGUAAAAGCUGGUAGAAACCCUAAUUAUGGUUACACAAGCUUUGAUACCUUCAGUUGGGCAUUUUUGUCCCUGUUUCGACUGAUGACUCAGGACUUCUGGGAAAAUCUUUACCAACUGACAUUGCGUGCUGCUGGGAAAACAUACAUGAUAUUCUUUGUGCUGGUCAUUUUCUUGGGCUCAUUCUACCUGAUAAACUUGAUCCUGGCUGUGGUGGCCAUGGCUUAUGAGGAACAGAAUCAGGCCACAUUGGAGGAGGCUGAGCAGAAAGAGGCGGAGUUUCAGCAGAUGCUGGAGCAACUUAAGAAGCAACAGGAAGCUGCACAGCAGGCAGCGGCUGCAACGGCAUCAGAACAUUCCAGGGAGCCCAGUGCAGCAGGCAGGCUCUCAGAUAGCUCUUCAGAAGCCUCCAAGUUGAGUUCGAAGAGUGCAAAAGAAAGGCGGAAUCGGAGGAAAAAAAGGAAACAGAAGGAGCAGUCUGGAGGAGAAGAGAAAGAUGAUGAUGAAUUCCACAAAUCUGAGUCUGAAGACAGCAUCAGGAGGAAGGGGUUUCGCUUCUCCAUAGAAGGGAAUAGACUGACAUAUGAAAAGAGGUACUCUUCCCCGCAUCAGUCUCUGUUGAGUAUCCGUGGCUCCCUGUUCUCCCCAAGACGCAAUAGCAGAACAAGCCUUUUCAGCUUUAGAGGGCGAGCCAAGGAUGUGGGAUCCGAGAAUGAUUUCGCUGAUGAUGAGCACAGCACCUUUGAGGAUAAUGAGAGCCGGAGAGACUCACUGUUUGUUCCCCGAAGACACGGAGAACGGCGCAACAGUAACCUGAGUCAAACCAGCAGGUCCUCCCGAAUGCUGGCGGUGUUUCCAGCAAAUGGGAAGAUGCACAGCACAGUGGACUGCAAUGGCGUGGUUUCCUUGGUUGGUGGACCCUCAGUUCCUACAUCGCCAGUUGGACAGCUUCUGCCAGAGGUGAUAAUAGAUAAGCCAGCUACUGAUGACAAUGGAACAACCACUGAAACUGAGAUGAGAAAGCGGAGGUCAAGCUCUUUCCAUGUUUCCAUGGACUUUCUAGAAGAUCCUUCCCAGAGGCAACGAGCAAUGAGCGUAGCCAGCAUCUUAACAAAUACGGUGGAAGAACUAGAAGAAUCCAGGCAGAAAUGCCCACCCUGUUGGUAUAAAUUUUCCAACAUAUUCUUAAUUUGGGACUGUUCUCCAUAUUGGCUAAAAGUUAAGCAUAUUGUCAACCUGGUAGUGAUGGAUCCAUUUGUCGACCUGGCCAUCACUAUCUGCAUUGUGUUAAAUACACUGUUCAUGGCUAUGGAGCACUACCCCAUGACUGAGCACUUCAACCAUGUACUCACAGUGGGAAACUUGGUUUUCACUGGGAUCUUCACAGCAGAAAUGUUCCUGAAAAUCAUUGCCAUGGACCCUUACUAUUAUUUCCAAGAAGGCUGGAAUAUCUUUGAUGGUUUCAUUGUGACACUCAGCCUGGUAGAACUUGGCCUUGCCAAUGUGGAAGGAUUGUCAGUUCUCCGCUCAUUUAGACUGCUGCGAGUGUUCAAGUUGGCAAAAUCCUGGCCCACACUGAAUAUGCUAAUUAAGAUCAUUGGCAACUCAGUGGGCGCACUGGGCAACCUGACCCUGGUGUUGGCCAUCAUCGUCUUCAUUUUUGCCGUGGUCGGCAUGCAGCUAUUUGGCAAAAGUUAUAAAGAUUGUGUCUGCAAAAUUGCCACUGACUGCAAACUCCCACGCUGGCACAUGAACGACUUCUUCCACUCCUUCCUGAUCGUGUUCCGUGUGCUGUGUGGAGAGUGGAUAGAGACCAUGUGGGACUGCAUGGAGGUCGCGGGCCAAGCCAUGUGCCUCACUGUCUUCAUGAUGGUCAUGGUGAUUGGGAACCUUGUGGUCCUGAACCUCUUUCUGGCCUUGCUUCUGAGCUCAUUUAGUGCAGACAACCUUGCAGCCACUGAUGAUGACAAUGAAAUGAACAACCUUCAGAUUGCUGUGGACAGGAUGCACAAAGGAAUAGCUUAUGUAAAAAGAAAAAUAUAUGAAUUUAUUCAACAAUCCUUUGUCAGGAAACAGAAGAUUCUAGAUGAAAUUAAGCCACUUGACGAUCUAAACAACAGAAAAGACAAUUGUAUAUCUAACCACACGACAGAAAUUGGGAAAGAUUUGGACUGUCUGAAAGACGUAAAUGGAACCACAAGUGGCAUAGGGACUGGCAGUAGCGUGGAAAAGUACAUCAUUGAUGAGAGUGAUUACAUGUCAUUUAUAAACAACCCCAGCCUCACCGUGACCGUGCCCAUUGCUGUGGGAGAGUCUGACUUUGAAAACUUAAACACGGAGGACUUUAGCAGUGAAUCAGAUCUGGAAGAAAGCAAAGAGAAACUCAAUGAAAGCAGUAGCUCCUCUGAGGGAAGCACAGUAGACAUCGGGGCGCCCGCAGAGGAACAGCCUGUCAUGGAACCAGAAGAAACCCUUGAGCCCGAAGCUUGCUUCACUGAAGGCUGUGUACAGAGAUUCAAGUGCUGUCAAAUCAGCGUGGAAGAAGGAAGAGGGAAACAAUGGUGGAACCUGCGGAGAACGUGCUUCCGAAUAGUUGAGCACAACUGGUUUGAGACCUUCAUUGUGUUCAUGAUUCUCCUCAGUAGUGGUGCCUUGGCCUUUGAGGAUAUAUAUAUUGAUCAGCGAAAGACGAUCAAAACCAUGCUGGAGUAUGCUGACAAAGUCUUCACUUACAUCUUCAUCCUGGAGAUGCUGCUCAAAUGGGUAGCCUAUGGCUAUCAAACCUAUUUCACCAAUGCAUGGUGCUGGCUGGACUUCUUAAUUGUUGAUGUUUCAUUGGUCAGUUUAACAGCAAAUGCCUUGGGUUACUCUGAACUUGGGGCCAUCAAAUCCCUAAGGACACUAAGAGCUCUGAGACCCCUACGAGCUUUAUCACGAUUUGAAGGGAUGAGGGUGGUUGUGAAUGCCCUGUUAGGAGCAAUUCCAUCCAUCAUGAAUGUGCUUCUGGUUUGCCUUAUAUUCUGGCUAAUUUUCAGCAUCAUGGGCGUAAAUUUGUUUGCUGGCAAAUUCUACCACUGUGUUAACACCACCACUGGUGACAUGUUUGAGAUCAGCGAAGUCAAUAAUCAUUCUGAUUGCCUAAAACUAAUAGAAAGAAAUGAGACCGCCCGGUGGAAAAAUGUGAAAGUAAACUUUGAUAAUGUAGGAUUUGGGUAUCUUUCUUUGCUUCAAGUUGCCACGUUUAAGGGUUGGAUGGAUAUCAUGUAUGCAGCAGUUGAUUCCAGAAAUGUUGAGCUGCAGCCUAAGUAUGAGGAGAGCCUGUACAUGUAUCUGUACUUCGUCAUCUUCAUCAUCUUUGGGUCCUUCUUCACCCUGAACCUCUUCAUCGGUGUCAUCAUCGACAACUUCAACCAGCAAAAGAAGAAGUUUGGAGGUCAAGACAUCUUUAUGACAGAAGAACAGAAGAAAUACUAUAAUGCAAUGAAGAAAUUGGGAUCUAAAAAGCCACAAAAGCCUAUCCCUCGACCUGGAAACAAAUUUCAAGGAAUGGUCUUCGACUUUGUAACCAGACAAGUGUUUGACAUCAGCAUCAUGAUCCUCAUCUGUCUGAACAUGGUCACCAUGAUGGUGGAAACGGAUGACCAGAGUGAUUAUGUAACAAGCAUUUUGUCACGCAUCAACCUGGUAUUCAUUGUGCUAUUCACUGGCGAGUGCGUGCUCAAGCUCAUCUCCCUCCGCCAUUAUUAUUUCACCAUCGGAUGGAAUAUUUUUGAUUUUGUAGUGGUCAUCCUCUCCAUUGUAGGAAUGUUCCUUGCCGAGCUGAUAGAGAAGUAUUUCGUGUCCCCUACCCUGUUCCGAGUCAUCCGCCUGGCCAGGAUUGGACGAAUCCUACGCCUGAUCAAAGGCGCCAAGGGGAUCCGCACUCUGCUCUUUGCUCUCAUGAUGUCUCUUCCUGCACUGUUCAACAUCGGCCUCCUGCUUUUCCUGGUCAUGUUCAUCUAUGCCAUCUUUGGCAUGUCCAACUUUGCCUACGUGAAGAGGGAAGUUGGGAUUGAUGACAUGUUCAACUUUGAGACCUUUGGCAACAGCAUGAUCUGCUUGUUCCAAAUCACCACCUCUGCAGGCUGGGAUGGACUGCUGGCCCCCAUCCUCAACAGCAAACCCCCUGACUGUGACCCUAAUAAAGUUAACCCUGGAAGCUCAGUGAAGGGGGACUGUGGAAAUCCAUCUGUGGGGAUUUUCUUUUUUGUCAGCUACAUUAUCAUAUCCUUCCUGGUUGUGGUGAACAUGUACAUCGCUGUCAUCCUGGAGAACUUCAGCGUUGCCACAGAAGAAAGUGCAGAGCCCCUGAGUGAGGACGACUUUGAGAUGUUCUACGAGGUCUGGGAGAAGUUCGACCCUGACGCCACUCAGUUCAUGGAAUUUGAAAAAUUAUCUCAGUUUGCAGCUGCUCUUGAACCCCCUCUCAAUUUGCCACAACCAAACAAACUUCAGCUCAUAGCCAUGGACCUGCCCAUGGUGAGUGGAGACCGCAUCCACUGCCUGGACAUCUUAUUUGCUUUUACAAAGCGGGUCCUGGGUGAGAGUGGAGAGAUGGACGCCCUUCGAGUCCAGAUGGAAGAGCGGUUCAUGGCUUCCAACCCCUCCAAGGUCUCCUAUCAGCCAAUCACUACUACAUUAAAACGCAAACAGGAGGAGGUGUCAGCUGUCAUCAUUCAGCGAGCUUACAGGCGCCACCUUUUGAAGCGAACAGUAAAACAAGCUUCCUUCACAUACAAUAAGAACAAACUCAAAGGUGGGGCUAAUCUUCUUGUAAAAGAAGACAUGCUCAUUGACAGGAUAAACGAAAACUCUAUUACAGAGAAAACUGACCUGACAAUGUCCACUGCAGCUUGCCCGCCCUCCUACGAUCGGGUGACUAAGCCAAUCGUGGAGAAACAUGAGCAGGAAGGAAAAGAUGAAAAAGCCAAAGGGAAAUGAACAAAAAACAAACAAAAAUAAUAAAUUGGGUGACAAAUUGUUUACAGCCUGUGAAGUCAAAAGGACUUGCCAAACUGACUGUUUUUACACAAAUUCACUUUAAGGUCAGUGCCUCAAUAAGACAGUGACCCCCUUGUCGGCAAACUCUGUGACUGUGUAAAGGGGAGAUGACCUUGACAGGAGGUUACUGUUCUCACUACCAGCUGACACUGCUGAAGACAAGAGACAAGUGGCUAUGCAGACUGUAGGGACCAGUCUAAAGGGGUGCAGAGCUAUAAUUUGGGGGUUAAUGUGAAACACUUUAGUAUAGUAACUGUAUCCACCGUUUGCAUUUCAACUGCCACAUUUGUCAGGUUUUUUACAAACUCUGUUAUUGGAUUCAUCUUUUUUUUAAUCCAUGUGUUCUUUGUUACAUGUGACUAGUUUUGUAAACAAGGUUUCUGUUGGGAAACAGAGUAAAGGAAUUCUUUUUUCCAGUGCAGCAGUCACCUAGGGGUAUUGGCAUUCAUAUGGUCCUCCCGUCUGCCCAACGAUGUGGUUUUGCAUGAGGGCAUGCUGCACCUUAAGAUCAUGCAUGAGAAAAAAGUCGCAAGGAAAGCAAAGACAGUUCUGCAACAGU